AUGGAGCCUAGAGCGCGUGCCGGCAAGAAUGUUGGCAAGAUGAACUUUAGCCACGCAGAGCUAGCACAGCUGCUCUAUGCGCACGGCGAUGUUCAAAACCCGCUCCCUGAAACCGUCCGAGUUCUCGACGAGAUCCUUACCGAUUUCAUGCAAUCCAUCGCCUUCGAAGCGACACGGGCAGCUAACUACUCCGGACGUCAAAAGAUCAAAUACGAAGACUUCGAGUUCGCGUUCCGUAAGAACCCCGCGUUCCUGGGCAAAGUCCAAGAGGUGUUUGAGAAGCAGAGGGAGAUCAAGAAGGCUCGUGAGAUUCUGCGCGACGGCGAGGACGAGAUUAUGAAGGAUGCUGCAGACGAAGAGAAGAAGAAAGAAAAGACUGAUACGAGACCUGGUCAUGGAGGAGCGUUGGUGGUUCCUACGGCGUCGAGAGUGGAGGAGGAGCUGGGUGAGGCCGAUGAUGAUGCUGAGGCCGAGCUUGAUGCGUUGGGUAAGAAGAGAUAA